AUGGAGGUGGUGGUGUUACCUCUACCUGGUUCCGGAUCCAAUAACAAGUCCCUCUGCGGCCUCUCCUCCUCCACCGCUGCCGCCACUUCAUAUUUUAGACGACGCCGUAUUGUCGCCGUCACCAAUUCCACCAUCAACGGUUCUCACUCUUCUUCAUCAGCGGAGGCAGAGCAGGACAUCCAGAUUGAGGAAAUCAGGGUGUGCACCAACCGGACUUGCCGUAGACAAGGUUCCUUUCAAACCCUUGACACUCUCACCGCUCUCGCGCCCUCCAACGUCGCCGUCAAGUCCUCCGGCUGCUUGGGCCGCUGCGGCGCCGGCCCCAACCUCGUCGCGCUGCCUGCCGCCACUUUUGUCGCUCACUGCGGGACCACAGCUCGAGCCGUGGAGGUCCUCGUGGCACUAGUACUACUCAGCCGCCGCCGACGAGGAGGAGGUGUUUCGAAUUCGGACGGUGCUAAUGCGAAUAAGAACAUUGAAAAAAUUGCAAACAAGAGUUUGGAAGCGCUUGCGUUGAGAAACAAGGCUCGGAAUGAGCUUCUUCACAACAACAAUUUCUCCCAGGCUGACCUCUUCCUCUCUCAGGCUAUAGAAUUAAAACCAAUUGGUGGUAUCCAUAUUAUGUAUAAAGACAGGUCCCUUGCAAGACUGGCAUUGGGCAAUUAUUCCGGGGCUCUUGAAGAUGCUGCCCAAGCUUUGGCUUUAAAUCCUCUCUAUCCUGAGGCUUACAUUUGCCAAGGUGAUGCAUUCUUGGCUCUGAACCAAUUUGAUUCUGCUCGUAACUCAUAUAUGGCUUCUUUAGAGAUAGAUCCUUCUCUUCGAUGUUCCAAAUCUUUCAAGGCUCGGAUUGCAAACCUUGAGAAACUCACCACUGGAAAUAUGCCUUAA